AUGAUUAGAGCUUUAGCAGGGUCAAAACCAUCCGGAAAGCUUCUCAUACGUCACAGCUCGUCUUCCACUUCGGCGUUGGCGUACAAGCAAUUGCACAGGAAUAGAGUCAGUCCCCCAUUGCCAACCUUAGAAACACCAUCAUGGAGUGCUAAAUCUGCGGUAUCAUCGAUUUUGUACGAGACUCCAACGCCAUCUCGUACCCCCAGGAAGCAACAUGUAUUAAACUGUUUGGUUCAAAAUGAACCUGGUGUGUUGUCACGAGUAAGUGGAACGCUCGCGGCAAGGGGCUUCAACAUUGAUUCCCUGGUUGUUUGCAACACGGAAGUAAAGGAUUUGAGCAGAAUGGCUAUUGUACUACAAGGCCAAGAUGGUGUAAUUGAGCAGGCAAGGCGUCAGAUAGAGGAUCUAGUUCCCGUUUACGCUGUUCUUGAUUACUCUAACGCUGAUAUCAUCAAGAGAGAGUUACUUUUGGCUCGUGUGUCUCUGAUGGGCGCGGAAUAUUUUGAGGAUUUAAUCCAGCAUCACGAGAAAACGGCCUCCGAGGGCUGUAUCGGCUCUAAGGACACUGUUGCUCAAAUUAGGAAUAAGCAGUUUCACCCUUCUAACCUGCCCCUAAGUGAAAACCUUAGAAUGAAACACGAGCACUUGGCCAGUGUUACGAAUUUGGUAAAGAACUUUGGUGGUCGCGUUGUAGACAUAAGCGAAACCAAUUGCAUUGUCGAGUUGAGUGCCAAACCAUCUCGUAUCUCAGCUUUUUUAAAGCUGGUCGAACCGUUCGGUGUCCUCGAGGUGGCAAGAAGUGGUAUGAUGGCGCUUCCAAGGACUCCUUUGGAGAUGAAAGGGGACGAAGAGGUUCAAGGCGAUGCCAACAACUUCGUUGACAUUUCGCAACUUCCUCCAGGCUAG